CGGCGCUGGGGCAGCGCGAGCGGCGGCGGCGGCGCGGGAGCGGCGGAGAUGUCGGGGAGGGGAGUGCCGUGUCUGCGCUGCCCGGGGCUGUGCACGGGCUUCGAGCCACACUCCUGGAGGAAGGUGUGCCGGGCGUGCCGCUGCGGCCAGGAGGAGCACGGGCCGGGCCCGCAGCUGGACGAUGACCGCAGGGUGGGCCGGCUGCUGGCGGGGUCGCCGCACUCGGCGCUGACCGCGCGGCCCCCGGGCGGCCACGGCCCCCGCGUCUACAAGAGGAACCGCAUGAUCGUCACCAACCCCAACGUGUCGGGCAAGGACCCCACCUUCGACACCGUCACCUACGAGUGGGCGCCCCCCGGGCUCACCCAGAAACUGGCCAUGCAGUACAUGGAGCUGCUGCCGCCGGAGCUGCAGCCCGUGGCGGGCACGGAGGGCGCGCUGUGGCGGCGGCGCCGCUUGGCGCGGCAGCUGCCGCUGCACGACCAGGACCCGGCGCAGUGCCGCGGGCUGGCCGAGGCCGAGCGGCCGCUCAUGGAGCGCUUCGUCAGCGCCUACAAGGCCGAGGCGCUGGGGGUCGGCGAGGUGGCGCUGCCCGGCCAGGCCGGCGCCCUGCAGGAGGGGAAGCGCCGGGAGCCGAGCGCGGAGCCGGGCACGGCCCCACGGCCGCACAACGGGAGCCUGGAGAGCGCGGCCGGCGCCGGGCACUACCUGUGUGCCGCCUGCCAGCAGCCCGUGGCCCCGGACGCGCCCGCGGUGUUCGCCGCCCGCGCGGGUUACUCGCGGCAGUGGCACCCGCGCUGUUUCGUGUGCUGCCGCUGCGCCGAGCCGCUGGUGGAUCUCAUCUACUUCUGGGGCAGCGGGGCCGCCUGGUGCGGGCGGCACUACUGCGAGAGCCUGCGGCCCCGCUGCGCCGGCUGCGACGAGAUCAUCUUCUCAGAGGACUACCAGCAGGUGGAGGGGCUGGCCUGGCACAACAAGCACUUUGCGUGCCUGGAGUGUGAGACGCUGCUGACGGGCAAGCCCUUCACCCUGGCCAACGCCAGCCUGCUGUGCCCCGGCUGCGGCCAGAGCCGGGCCUGAGCCCCGGGGCUGGGCACCGAGCAGCUCGGGGUGCCUGCACCGGCACAGCCCGGGAAGCUUGUCCUGGGGUCCCGGGGUGUGGCACAGCCCUCGGGGGGUGCUGGGGGUCCUGGCAGGAGGGGCUGGGCUGGGCUGAGCUGAGCUGAGCUGGGCUGGGCUGAGCUGGGCUGGGCUGAGCUGGGCUGGGCUGGGCUGGGCUGGGCUGGGCUGGGCUGAGCUGAGCUGAGCUGAGCUGGGCUGAGCUGGGCUGGGCUGGGCUGGGCUGGGCUGAGCUGGGCUGGGCUGGGCUGAGCUAAGCUGGGCUGGGCUGGGCUGAGCUGAGCUGGGCUGGGCUGAGCUGGGCUGGGCUGGGCUGAGCUAAGCUGGGCUGAGCUGGGCUGAGCUAAGCUGAGCUGGGCUGAGCUGGGCUGGGCUGGGCUGGGCUGAGCUGGGCUGAGCUGGGCUGGGCUGGGCUGGGCUGGGCUGAGCUGGGCUGGGCUGGGCUGGGCUAGGCUGGGCUGGGCUGGGCUGGGCUGAGCUGAGCUGAGCUGAGCUGAGCUGGGCUGGGCUGGGCUGGGCUGGGCUGAGCUGGGCUGGGCUGGGCUGCUUUUAUCAACUCUGUCCAACCUUCUUAUGACUAAAGUCUUGCAAUAGUCCUUUGGAAAUAACACAUCUCAACAGCAACUCCUGGCGUACUAAACCUGCAGUUGUGGUCAAA